CUGCUCUGGUCUGGUCUGCCCUCCGCUGGGCCUGCUCCUGCUCCUCCUCCUCCUCCUGCUCCUCCUCGACCACCGCCGCAAAGGGCGACAUGCUGAGGCGCGGCCUGGACAACCGGGACACCCAGACCAGACAACUGCAAGAUGCCGUCACGAACGUGGAGAAGCAUUUCGGAGAGCUCUGCCAGAUCUUCGCCGCGUACGUUCGGAAGACCGCCCGACUGAGGGACAAAGCCGACCUGCUGGUGAAUGAAAUCAACGUGUACGCCUCCACCGAAACACCCAACUUGAAACACGGCCUAAAAAACUUCGCCGACGAGUUUGCCAAACUUCAGGAUUAUCGACAAGCCGAGGUUGAAAGACUCGAAGCCAAAGUCGUUGAACCGCUGAAGACGUAUGGAACCAUAGUAAAAAUGAAAAGGGAAGAUCUCAAAGCAACGUUAACAGCAAAGAAUCGAGAAGCUAAACAGUUUACUCAGCUAGAGAGAACUCGCCAGCGGAACCCUUCAGACCGACACAUCAUCUCACAGGCUGAAACCGAAUUACAGAGGGCUACAAUGGAUGCCACCCGAACAAGUCGGCAGCUCGAGGAAACUAUUGAUAAUUUUGAAAAGCAGAAAAUAAAGGAUAUAAAGAAUAUAUUUUCCGAAUUUAUUACUAUUGAAAUGCUGUUUCAUGGAAAAGCUUUAGAAGUCUACACUGCUGCCUAUCAAAAUAUACAAAAGAUUGACGAAGAAGAAGAUUUAGAGAUUUUCCGGAGCUCUCUUUAUCCAUCAGACUACCCAUCUCGUUUAGAUAUAGUGAGAGCAAAUUCCAAGUCACCACUGCAGAGAUCUCUUUCAGCAAAAUGCGUAUCUGGAACGGGGCAGAAUUCCACCAAUCAAUUAAGAAAGGAUCAGCAAGAAGAGGAGGAGGAGGAGGAAGAUGUAGACCUUACAGAAGAAGAAAAUUAAUUUUUGAACAUACUUUCAGUAUUUUACUUUCCCAUUGAAAAAAAAUUUCCACAAAUUAUUCAGUUAAUCGAAUACCAGUAGUUAACUGAGGAGCAAGAGGUGGGUGAGAAGUAUAUUUCUAAGUAUAUUUUUAUUGAAAGAAUGAUUAGAAACUACAGAGUCAAUCUUGAGACAUGGCCUUAUUAAUAUUACCUGCAGAAAAAAGGAAUUCGGUAAAAAUUUAAAAACAAAUCUUUCGUCGGUAGCUCCUUUCUUCUCCCAAGGGUUAUGUGAUUCAUCUCAACUGAAAUUACAUUAAUUUGGUAAGUGGGAUUACAUUAGAGGUAUUUCACAGUAUUGGGCUGUGCCUAUAUUUAGAGGUUGCCAUAUCCAAAAGAUGGAUUUAACCAAAGCCAAGAGAGUUCUUAUUUGGUUCUUUAUGUAGGUAAAAGCUGUGCCUUCAUCAUUAACGAAUCAUUUAUAUCAGUUCACAUUCCCUCCAAGUCCACUGUAUAAAACCAUAUCAUUUUGUGAAGUAUUUAAAUGCAAACAAAUGAUGCAGAUAAGAUUUUUAUAUUGGAAUAUUUUUAUGUACUUGCUACAAAAAUGUGACUGUUUGCUCGAACAACCGUCUGCGGGGGAUUUCACUGGCAAGUAAGGGAGGAGCUAGUACACGGGCCGAGCGUGGAAAGUUGAGGGUUUUCUUAUGGCAUCAGAUGUGGUUUUUACAAUUUUCCAGGAAGAGUCUACACUUGCAAAAAAAUUUUUAAAGUUUGGAAAAACUUGCCUGAUUUUUGUGUCCCUCAGACUGACGAGGCAGCACGGCACACACUGAUGGACAGCGCUGGGAAUCUUACGUUCUGGUUGUGAUGUGCUUCACGUAAAAAAAAAAAUACCGAACCCCAGAAAUAUAGUCAUCAUAGAUAAAUGACAAGAUUAUAAAACUAAAUAUUGAAACCUUUUUAAAAAUCUCAGUUAUUCAUCAUUCCUAACCUCGGAAAUGAGACGGAUUAGAAGAUUUUGGCACAUACAGCAUGUUUUCCUCUCCAGGACUUCCCUCUGAAAAGAACUGUAAUCUUGACGUUAUUUCAGAGAAUCAGAGAGGCGCGUUUUAUUUCUCAUGAGAUUUAUUCAACACUCAUUUGGAAUACUAGAAAAACAAAUUACUGACGAGACAGAAUAAAGAGAGUUUACAAAAG